CAUGGUACAAGAUGACGGGCGACGCGUGAGAGGGAGACGAGAGCAAGUCGACGUCCCAAGGUCUCCAGUAUCUCUCCGGCCCAACGACGACUCGAUCGAAGCCCGAUCUCAAUGCGGAGCAUUUGAUUCCGGCCGCGACGCCUACGACAAGAACGUUCGCGGAACAGGCGUCAUGUGAGGUGGAGCGGACGAACGUGCGGUGAGGAAACAAGAAAGGGUUUAUGUUUGAAACCUCGAAGUCCGAGGCCGCUGAGUGUUGCCUCCGGUUCUAGUUAUCGAGUCCUGCUUUAUUCUGCCGCCGAGGAAGUCGAGCUCGACAAACUCGCAGGCGGAGCCAGAGAAGGAUCUCUUUCUUUUUCUUUUCUUUUUUCCGGGUUAUUUCGUGAAACCGAUCAAGGCAGAGGUGGCGACUGGCGAUGCAGUAGUCCCGUCAUCUUCGCCGGCUAUACCUUUCUUGGAGGAGUGGAAGAACCUGAGUCGACGGGCUGGGAAAGGGGUUUCUUUUUGAAGCCAAUACCGUUCUUUUUUCUUGUUUUUAAUCUGAAAAACCAAGGAAAGGUCGUAGAGCGACCCUCGGUCAAAUAACCGCCAGCCUGCAUUUGGAUCCCUCAUCAACCAUCUUGUCUGCCGAAUCAGUUGCUACGGAUCAACUGUUAUUAGUGCCGGUUUCCUCCAGGUUUGUCUCGUACAUUUGUUGAUAUAUUCGAUUCUUCAGAGAAAUAAGAAAUACUAGUCUUUUUUUAUCCUUCCCCUUUUCGAUCAAAUUAUGGAAAGAUUGGCUUAUGACACGACGAGAGAAAGUGAUUAUGUAAACUGGGCGGGAGUGUCGAUCUCAGAUCAUCUAUCAAUACCACUGAGGUCGCAAAGAAUUCGUGAAACUAGAUUCAGGUUUGGAAAUGUGGGAAACUUGAGCCAUUGUUUUCUUAUGAACUAAAAACGGGAAGAUUACAACCAUUUUCCAUUUAUCUAUGAUAACAUCUUCGGUGUCUUCCUUCUCAUCGGUGUGCUUGGAAUGAUGUGUGAUACAGAAAUAGUAGUAAAUAUGUGAUUAUAAUUUUGUGGUUGUCAAAUUUUUAUCAUAAAGGGCCCAUCCGUGACAUUUUGGCUUUAGGAAUUUGUGAUGUUAUUGUUAUUCAUAAAUAUUGAGACUCUUGAGAAGGAACUGAUAAAUUUUCUUAGAAUUAGCUGUUCUGGAUUAGCAAUCAUACUUUUUAUUGACAGGGCCAGCAGUUUAAGUUCUUCCUGUCAUUUUUUAAUUGGAGUCACUAGAAACCUUAGAACAACAAGAAUGUGUAGUUAUUAAUUAAAUAAUUAUAGAAAUAUUGGAGACAUUUGCAAUAUGAAUAAAGUUACAGAAACUCCAACAAAGUCUCCUUUGACCCAUGGUUUAAAAUUUCAUUUCAUGUCGUUUUGCUCGGCAUUCGGCAUCGGCACCCGCUCGACACUAGCACGGUGGGCGAGGCAGGUGGGAUGCAAAAAAAGAUUAAUAAUUUCAAUAAACUCUUAAUUAUAAAUAGGAAAUCUAAAUAGGCUUAAUCAAAUCCUAAUAAAACUAUCAUAUUAAUAUAUACAUAUAUAAUUUAUUUUAAUUUUGAAAAUAUAUAAUAUAUUUUAAUAAACUAUUUAUUUACUAUAUGGAGGUGUCGAGAUCCCAAUUUUUUAAAAAUUUUAAUUUUUAAUUAAUAUAUUUUAGAUUUAAAAAAUAUCAAAAUUAUAUCGACACGACAUGAUACGGUACCGAAACCAUAUCAUUCCAGUCAUAAAUUGAAACUCUGAUGCUGGUCGAGAUUUUAAACCAUGCUUUGACUUCUCAUCCAAAAUUCAACUAAUUGCUUUGUUCUCCUAUUUCUAUUUGUAUGUAAUUGACUUUUUGUUUAUACAUGUUUGUAUCGACGUUGAUAUCUCAGAACUUGGUAGAAAUUUAAAGAAAGGAUAAAAUAUUAAAUCUUUCAAAACAUUAAAUGUAAAUGUCUCAACAGGUGUCAAUUUCUGUCAAUCACUGAUAUCCUGUUGCUGUAGAAGUUGCACUAAUGUUCAAAUAUGGAAUUAGAUUUUUUAAAGAUUUUUGUUCAGUACAUCGAUUUGUUAUCUAGCCAGAUUUUGAGAAAAUUUUGAUUCUUUGGAUGAUUGUGGUACAAAUUGGCUCUGUCAAAUAUUGGCUAUCCCAAUGGUGUGCAUGCUUGGAUGUGGUAGAAUGGCAGCAAUGGAAAGGUUGCUUAAGAUUAGAAGUAUUCAAGGAAUUACACCAGAAGAUGUGUUCAACAGAAACAUUGCUGCUCAGGCUAUACACCAUGAAUUCCAGGAUGCAGAUGAGGCAAACUUACUUGAAGAAGAAGAUAAAGGAAAGGAAAAGUUAUAGCAAAGGAAGGCGACAAGGAGACACGUAUGUUUUUGACCAUAGACCAUUGACAGACCCUCUUUACCUGGUUGUUACCAGCAUUUGAUUCAUUAGUCAUGAGAGACAACUGUUCCUCCUCUUUUGUAUAUUUUCAGAUGGUGGUCAACCAUUCUCACUAAAGGAUAUAAAUGUUGCUGCAGUGCAUUGUGUAAUUUUGAACCCUAUCCAUGAUGUGUUGGAUAUUGAUGGUGGUAUUUCAAGCUUUAAGAAGCUUCCAAAGAAGGGAAAGAAA